UUGCUAUGGAGACCCAUUUUGUUGAUUUAUAACCUGGAAUCAUAAAAGUGAUUAUUUUGAAUGAAAUUUAUGUACUAAAAUUUAUGUAAUAUUACUUGAGUGGCAAAAUGGAUGGAAUCAUGGGUUACAAUGAUUUAAAAGCGCUUCAAGCUUUAAUUAAUCCCAAUAAUUCUGAUUCUGAAGAUGAGGAUCUUUCGCAGAAAGGAUUACGUAAACUAGGUCCUGGUGACGUCGGUGGCUUGAAAGAGUCAUCAGAGCCAAAUCCCGGGCCAAACGUUCCAUUAAACCUAGAAAGCGACGAUAUUUGGGAUUCUUCAGAAGUAACAACAACUUCAACUGAACUUUUAGACCCUAGACAAGUGCCAGAAUAUGAAAUGAAGUUCAAACAAGCUGUCACUACUGAAGAUGUUUUUCUAGGGAUGGGUUUCAAAACUCCAGGAUCAGCCUCUUGUGAAUGGAUAACACUUUCGAUAAAACUACCGAGCGAGUCGAUGAAAAAUAUUGAGCUUACUGUCGAAUCAGAUUUAGUAGACGUACGGAGCCCUAAGUACCGAUUGUAUUUGCCGACUCCUCACUCUAUUGAUCCGAACAAUUCGUCAGCCAAGUGGCUCAAUGAUAAGGAUACACUUGAGCUUACAUUGAAACUUGUCCGUGAAUUGGACGGAAUUAAUUUUUAAAGUUUUAUUUUACUCCAAUAUUUACUCCAAAAAAACACGAUAAAAAUAAAAACAAAUAAAAUUAAUUAAGUAGAUCAUUAAUUUAUUACAUAAUGAUAAUCAUAAUACUAUUUUUAAUGAAACUCGUAAAUUAAACGAUGUGUUAAUAAUUUUAAUAAAUUCUUCGUAUAUUAUCAGUAGUAUCACGUUUAUUUUAAUUACACAAACUGAAUAGACGGGGACACAACGCGGAAAAAAGAAGGAAAACAAAUAUCCAAUUAAGUUAAAUUGAUUUAAAUUUAAUACAGCUAAAUUUAAUUAAAUUUAAUAAUAAGUUGAGGAAAAUUAAAUUACAUUUUUAAAAUAAAAAUGACUGGCUUUUGUUUCUAAGUUGUUGAAGCUGGAUGGACUAUUUUUAGAUAUUUUUAAAAAUUUUUACCUUGUUACGAAUUUAAAUUCACAAUGUUGUUGGAUAAAAUAGCAGAUAAAUGUAUUUAUAUUGAAAUAGAGUGUAGUGUGUCAGGUGUGUGUUAUCAAAUACUCUAUAUAGGGACACGUUAUUUUAUACGAUUCACUGAAUUCAAUUGACGAUAUAUGUUUAUUUGUUUUUCAUUUUAUUUAAUUUUUUUAUGCCAGAAGGACGCUCUGGAUUUCUUUUUUACUGAAAAUUGAUAAAAAAAACAUUCUAUUAAUCUAAUUGUUAAAAAACAAAUCCUGUGAAAAAGUAUACACCGAAGAGGAUAAUUGGAAAUUGGAGAGAGCUAUUGGACAGGAAAUUUAAUUUUCCAAAAAUUUUGUCUCUCGUAAAAAUUCAAUAGGAUCUGUAGUUUAAAAGUUACAGCUGCUUUGGGAAUCGUACAGUGCGAAUGUGCGGAUGUACGAACUGUAAAUAUCUCGGAAACUACACUGAUAGAAGGAUUUGUUUAUAUUUAAUAAGCUUUAUUAUCU